AUGGAUAAAAAUCCUUGGUCUCCCACCAGAACUAUGUUCAGAAGAAAACUUCUCGAUGAUUGCGGAAUCUGUUGUGAACCUGUGGUGGAAGUGAAUGGUAGAAUCAUCAAACUACAAAUCGUAGAAGUAGAUCUAGAUUGGGCUCCAUUCAAACAAAGAUACUACUCUACGGAUGUGAGCUCUUCAUCGGAGGAUGGAGAUGACGAAGAUGAUGAGGAGGAUGUGGAUAGAUACAUGUCGGAUACCAUUCCUUCUGAGAAUAUCAGUGAAGACCUGGAGGAAGGGGAGAUUGGUCACACUAAUACUGAAUUUGUUAAAGACUCGUACAUUGAUAACACGCAGCUGAAUGUUGGAGGUAAUGUCCAGUCGCCGGAGGUGAAUUCAUCACCGGUGGAGGAUGCGGCAGGUGAAAACGAUCGAGUAAGUGGGAACGCCUUUCCUGGGGAACACCAAAAGUCCGUCAAGGAUAUUAAUGUGCAUGGGGAACAGCUGGAUCACCAGACUCAAUGUCGGUUAAAAAUGAAUGUGGGACAAGAUGAAAGGCUUAUUGGACCUUUGAACAAUUUGAGUAGGUCCAAUGGACUUGGGCUAUUUACAAACAAUUCGAAGUCUGGAGAAAAUCAAAGAUAUCACACAGGGGUUAAUUUCGAAGGGUCACAAGACAAAAGAAGAAGAAUUUCAAACAUUGUUGUUGACGGAUUCAAUGAAGACUCACACCCCUCCACACCUCAAUCAUCAAUUGACCUGAAUAAAACCUUAAUUCCAUCUCAGAUUCCUCUUCCGGACUCGGAUGCGGACUCCCCAUCGGCCUCGUCUGAUAUAAGGAACACCAUAGAAGUUGGGAGAAUUUUAGCAUGCAACUCCUUCUUGAGCCGGUGGCCUCAUGCGGCGCUAACCGCCCUCCCACGCGAGCACUCCGACCAUUGUCCUCUGAUAUUAUCCUCCACAUUAUUUGACUUUGGCCCCACGCCCUUCCGCUUUUAUAAUAGUUGGCCCGAAUCACAAGACCUAACGGAGAUUGUGACAAAUGCAUGCUCUGAUAUUGUUUUAUACGGUCCUGCUGAUAAGGCGUGUGCAACUAGACUAAAGGCAAUCAAAAUGGCGAUCAGGAACUGGCGUAAUGUAGAAAGAGAGAAGGAAUCCAAGCUCCUCGUUUAUCUUAAAAAUAAGAUAAAUGAUAUUGAAAUUCAAACUGAAUCUAGAGCUCUUUCCGAUCUGGAAAAACAAGAUAGACUGCUUUGGAAGAAGAAACUCCUUGAUCUAGAAUUGGCCAAAUGCCUUCUGCAUCUUGAGGUGGGGUGUGUAAACAAAUCAUAA